AUGGCAUUUAGUUUGAGAAACAUAGUAGCUUUUUUAGCAUUGUUUCAUGCAAGUAUUGUGGUGGCAACAUUGCCUUCUUGCCAAACCUGUGGCUCACCUGAACCAUCUCCUCCAGCACCUGAACCCCAAGCUUUUCCACCCGAACCGGAAGUACCCGAACCUUAUCCCCCUGAACUGGCUCCAUAUCCGGAACCUGAUCAGUCUCCGGAACCAAGUCAGGCACCAAUUGAUGAUGAUGGUGUUUUUGAUGUCACCAACUAUGGAGCGGUGGCUGAUGGUGGGACGGAAUGUAGCUCGGCAUUCUCUGCAGCAUGGCAUGCAGCGUGUGAUUAUCCGGGGAACUCUACCUUUUACGUACCAGAAGGAACAUUCUUGGUCGGUCCGAUCUCAUUUCGUGGGCCCUGCUAUAACGAUAGAUCGCCUAACGUCGAGAUCAGGGGAACAUUAUUUGCUCUAAGUAGCCUUAGUUCAUUCAAGUCCUCCUAUUGGAUUUCAUUCAAAAACCUCCAAGGGCUCACUCUUAUUGGGGGACCCGAAUACGGUAAACUCGAUGGUCAAGGAGCCGUAGAGGCCUGGAAAGAGCCUAGCUGUGAGAAAUCAGCAAGAUGUAAGAAAUUAAUCACAUCAAUAGAUUUUAUAAAUGUUUCACAUGCAACCAUCAGCAAUAUCACAUUGUCAAACAGCAAGGGCUUCCACUUAGGUCUGCAUGGAAGCAAGAACAUUAAAAUCUACAAUGUCAAAAUUAUUGCUCCUGAGGAUAGCCCAAACACUGAUGGCAUCCAUGUCAGUAACUCCUCUAACAUAAGCAUUUUCUCUUCGACAAUCGGAGUCGGUGAUGAUUGUGUCUCCAUAGGACCCGGUAGCAAGAAUGUCUCGGUUUCCAACAUCCGAUGCGGUCCAGGCCAUGGAAUAAGUGUGGGCAGCCUUGGCAAGUAUAAAAACGAGAAGGAUGUGGUCGGGAUCAACGUCCGAAACUGCACGAUAAAUGGCACAGAAAACGGUAUUCGGAUGAAGACAUGGCCCGGAGACCGUCCAAGCAAUGCUUACAACAUGACAUUUGAAGACAUUGUGAUGGUCAAUGUCUCCAACCCCAUAAUCAUAGACCAAGAAUAUUGUCCUUCACAUAAAUGCAAGAGUAAUGAACCUUCAAUGGUGAAGCUUAAAGACAUAUUCAUAAAGAACAUCAAUGGCACCUACAGCACCAAAUCUGCAGUAAUCUUUCUGUGCAGCUCAGAGGCUCCUUGUGAAAACGUUCAGCUUGUUAACAUAAAUCUCAACUAUUUAGUGCCCAACAGUCCUCGCCAAGGUCGCUUGAACAUUAAGGGGUUUCUUAAUGGCUUACAAGUUAUUAAUUCUAGGUUUUAG